AUGGAGAAUCUUUCUGAAAUUUUCACUAAAAUUAAACCUCUUUUCGAUGCCGUUGUUCGGAAACCCACAGCUGAAAGUAUCAUCAGCUUAAAUGGUUAUCUCAAGCAAGUCGACGAACCGAGUGUGCAAAUUAUGCAAAACGUAUUUCUACAACAGCUGGUCAUUCUUGUCGAUACAAUACAGGGAGAAAAUCAAAACGAGUCGAAAACCUAUCUUCUUGAGUGUAUCGCCACAAUCCUACAGAAAGGCCGGUUAUCCAAAGCAAUCGGCAUGAAAACUACCCUAUUGGUGGCGGUGAAACUGAUCUACGAUGCACAAACCGGAACCAUACGCCCGAAUCUUUCCGAAGAGUAUAAGCUAGCGGCUCUGAAGGUGAUUUCGCUUGUCACACGCCGGAUACAGUCGGAACUGAUUGAGGAAGUGUACGUAAAGGACAAUUUAAAACUGAUAUCCCAGGCCAUAUUUGUUUGUGUCAAUAUUGUUAAAACCGAACGGUAUCGAAAACUUCGUUUCCAAGCAGUGGAUUCUAUUCUCUCGGUGCUGCAGGUACACGACGAUUUCGAUUUCAACGACAUCGUGGUGCGUUGUCAGGUGGCAGAACUGCUGUUCAUCGCUCUGCCCCGAAUAAUAGCCACAUUCAUUAGUAUCAUCAAUGGAGACGAAAAACAAGGGACGGCGGUUUACCGUAUCGCUAUCAAGGCGUUGGGGAGAACGCUAAGCCUCAUCUUCGAGGACUAUUCCAAGCAGGAAACAAACGAAGAUUUCAACAAUGAGCAGUUUCGAAAACUAGCCCAAAGUAUCGGUACAGCAAACAACCAAAACGUAAACAUAUUAGGAUUGGGACUACGGGAAAAGCACGAAAAAUCGAAAUAUUUCAACGAAACCGUGAGGACCCGCCAGUGGCUGCUAGAGGCGGACAAGCAGGUCGAAAAGGCACUUCACAAAAUUCUGCACCUUAGAGGCCACGAGGAGGAACUUAUUCGAUUGGAAUUUGCCAAAAUGAACUGUGAGCUGCUGAAAAACUGUACCUAUAACAUGCCCAGCUGCACGGUACAUUUUCUUCAAUCAGUAAUAGCAAUGACCCACGACGAAUCCGAGCGUGUUCGCAAAAUAUGCUUAGAAUGCCGAAAGUCGGUGGCACACUUUACGAUCUCAAUUGCCGGCAAUCGAAUGGACGAACUGUUUUUCGAUGCGCUGAACAAAAUGCCUCGCACAAUCUACCGGGGUGAAGAGCGGGAGCAGAUAGCUAGCUUUCAACUAAUUACCGGCUAUCUAAACUUCUUUUCCGAACCGCAGCUAACGGAUAUAUUUGCGAGCCCGAACAUUUUGGAACAGUUUAUUCUUACCUUGCUGGCCGCGGCAGAACUCGACGGUGUGGAUGAGCUUAUUCGUCGCGAGUACGUUUCCUAUCGGUUUGAGUACGAGGAUGGCUUCCGCAUGCAGAAAGAAAAAAAAGAAUCACGUUGGAUUGUGUUGAAAAAUGUCCAAUCAUCGCGGGCUAGGAGGGCAUAUUUGGAUCUAAUACAUGCACUGCACAACCACGCACCAGCGUUGAACACUGUGACGCUCUAUAUUUUGGACGAUUUCUUCACUACAAGAAUGAACAGCAAUGGUUAUCUGUUUAUCUUGUGCGAAUUAAUUCCUGAUAGUGCCGAAAUGGACCAGCAACGAAUGGAAGUGUUUAAAAAUAUUCUCUCUGAGAUGUUACAACCACACCAUUGGUUUUUGGAGCUGGACGAAAAUGACAAUAUACUCGACCAGAAGUAUAACGCUCUUCACGUUUGUCUUGUGCUGCGCAUCAUUUCCAAGUUUGCCCUGCUUCUGAGGGAAAAUUUCCGCUGGUAUAUGUAUGAUGCGCUGCGAGCGAUACUGCAAUGCUCCGGUAGCACACUGAAUUGCAUAAAUGAGUCAGCGGAAAUGGCACUGGACACCGUGGCAAACGCACUGGGAAUGCCAAACAUUCAGGCAUUGCUGCAUGAAAAUCUCGAUUACAUUUCGCAACAUGUGACCCGUUGCUUGCGGCGUUCCGAGCAACUGCGCGAUGGUCUUUCCAUACUGGAAUCCGUGUUACGCUUCGUACCGUAUGAAUCGUCCGAUGUGCUGGAAUCGACAGUCACUCCAAUCGUCAUAAACAUUCUCGAUAGUUACUCGCAGUACGGUGAACGGAACGCGAUCGUAUGCCUACGGGUGCUCCAAAUAUUCAUUCACUCAAUAAGGCUCCGCUAUCACGAGGAUAGCGCUAUUCCGCGCGAAGAUGAUGCGGAAAGUAAAGAAAUGAACAAUCUUUCUGAACAAAUCAAACGGCUAGAAAGCCUGCUAGCAAGCGAAGUUUCUAACGAUCCGGAGGUGUUCGAAGUACAUGAUACUGACAACGCCUUCAACGAAGCAGAAGAUCCCAACGGAACGGAAGAGGAUCCCUCGGAUGCCAAAGUGGAAGAUGAAAUGAUACCUCCGCACAUCAAUAUCGCGUUGCGCAUUCUAUCCGUUAACUACAAGUACCUCUCCUCGUCGAACGAUGCGGAACGAAUACUUUCGCUGUCCACCAUUAACGAAGGAAUUUACAUCCUUCAACGGUACGAAAAUCAAUUGCUUCCAUUGGUGCACAACAUUUGGUACAACUUAACGGAAAGGUUCACCGAUCGAAAUCCUGCUGUCGUGAGCAAUGCGUUCGAUUUGUUGGUCACGCUGGCACGGCUCUCGCAUGACUUUAUCCGUCAAAGAUCACUUGCAGACGUAUUUCCGAACAUCUACAAGUUUAUGACCGACCACUGGGAUGCCGAUGCCAGCGCGCAUCAGGUGUACAAAAUGCAGUGUAAAUUUUUUGCAUCCAUCGCCGAUUUGAUACGUGAUCUUCGUAUAGGCGAGAAACAGUUGGACCAAGCGCUGGAAGUUGUUCGAAUGUAUCUGGAGAAAAGCGAACGAAGAGAGCUGAAAAAAAGGGCUGCCGAUUGCUUGAAGCAGAUGCGAAAGCUUGAUUCCCUAGCUGUGUUUUUAAAGUGUAGGUGUACUAUGAAGUAUCUUCAGUAAAAUCAAUCCACUACGUUCAAUUAAAGUAGCCAUCGAGUUGCAAUAAACACAUCAAGAUUUGAUUGGACGAAGAAGCUUCUAGACUACAAGCUCAAGGCAAAUAUUCGGUUUGUAUUCGAUUGAAUAAUAACAUGGAAUUCAUAUUAUAUUGCCAAUAAUUAUCUUCU